AUGAUACCAACACAUCAGACAAGAAUCUUCGUCUCUUCUUUACUUCUCAUUCCAUCUGAUUUCAUGGCAUUUCAUUACAUCGAAAGCAAAAUAAUAUGGCACGAGAUAAAACGUAUUUUUGAAGGAAUACGGCGUCGGUUGGCUUUCAAACAACAGCAACAACAACGAAGAGCUGAGAGCGGGGAAUUUAAAAAUGAAAAUGAAAAAAUGUUCAUGAAGUUCACAUGGAAAUGCUUCGCUCUUCGUCUCAUUGCUUUCUUAGCAACAAUCGAAAGAUUGAACUUUUAUGGCUUAUCUAGAAUUGACAGAUUCACAUCUAGAUAA